GAGAACCUAACAAAAAUAACCAUUCCUAUUUAUUAAGUCAGCAUCUGUUCAUCUCCAUACAACCACAAUGUCUAUUGUCUCAUUACUAGGAAUUGAGGUGCUCAACAACCCAGCCAAGUUCUCCGAUCCAUAUGAGUUUGAAAUCACGUUUGAAUGUCUCGAGCCACUUAAAGAGGACUUGGAGUGGAAAUUGACCUAUGUGGGCUCGUCUCGUUCUCUUGAUCACGACCAGGAGCUCGAUUCCAUCCUCGUUGGGCCUGUUCCUGUUGGAAUCAAUAAGUUUUUGUUCCAGGCAGAUCCUCCCAGUCCGGAAUUGAUUCCUGCCAGCGAAUUGGUUUCUGUCACUGUGAUUCUCUUGAGUUGUUCCUAUGCUGAUAGAGAAUUUGUAAGAGUGGGUUACUACGUGAAUAACGAGUAUGAUUCCGAGGAGUUAAGAGAAAACCCUCCUGCCAAAGUACAAGUAGACCAUGUGGUGAGAAACAUAUUGGCCGAAAAGCCUAGAGUCACCAGAUUUAACAUUGUAUGGGACAACGAAGACGACAAUGCGAAUGAAUAUCCACCAGAACAACAGGAAGUAGACGAAGAAGAUGAGGACGAAGAUGAAGAAGAGGAAGAGGAAGAAGAAGGGGAAGAAGAAGGGGAAGAAGAAGACGACGAUGAACAGGAAGAAGAGAAUGAAAAUGAAACAGAAGAAAGGCCAAAGAAGAAGCAGAAGACGAAACAAUCCAAAGAUGACCCUGAAGAAGAAGAAGAUAUAGGAGAAAAUGAAGAAGAAGAUUUGGAAGAAGAUUUAGAGGAAGACAUAGAAGACGAAGAAGAAGACUUGGAAAAGGACAAUGAUGGAGCCGAGACCCCCCGAGACGCGGUCCAAAGCUAAGGCGAUGUUAGGCUGAAGUUAUAAUUGAGUUAUGAGCUAAAUUAACCAAAGAUUGGUUUAAUUGAUGCUUUAAAUGAAGUUGGCACUUCAGCAAUUACCCUCUACCUAACCUUGUAUAUUAUAUCCAUUGUAUAUGUAUUUAUCACCUAAUAGAAUCAAGAAAAUAAUUCCUC